UUCAGACUGCAUACAAGAUGGCCGCCAGCUGUCAUCUGUGAUCACUCUCACGCUCUUGUUUUGGUUUAAACUUCAAAGUUACUGGGAGAGAUGGGCUUGUCACAGAGUUCAGAAGAGCCGGAGGGAGGGACGUAUGGAUACCAUGUGCACGGCGUGCAGCCAAACUCCCCUGCAGAAGAGGCCGGACUGCAGCCCUUCUUUGACUUCAUUCUGUCUCUGGACAAUAAAAGACUUAAUGUGGAGAAUGACCUGCUGAAGGAGCUCCUGAAGUCCAAUAUGGAGAGAGCAGUGAAGAUGGAGGUGUACAGUACUAAAACCACAAGCAUUCGUCUGCUGGACGUGGUGCCCAGUAGCUUAUGGGGAGGACAGGGGUUGCUCGGUGCCAGCGUUCGCUUCUGCAGCUACCAAGGAGCUAGUGAGAAUGUGUGGCACGUCCUGGAUGUGGAGGCCGGUUCACCUGCUGCGCUCGCUGGACUUCAACCACACAGUGACUACAUUGUUGGAGCAGAUCAGGUGUUGCAGGAUUCAGAGGACUUCUUCUCACUGAUAGAAGCUCAUGAAGGGAAACCUCUGAAGCUGCUGGUGUACAACAUGCAGACAGACUCCUGCAGGGAGGUGGUGGUCACACCUAAUGGAGCAUGGGGAGGAGAGGGCAGUUUGGGUUGUGGCAUUGGUUAUGGCUACCUGCACCGAAUCCCGGCAAAUUCUACUCUGGAAUCAACUGGAAAGCCUGUCGCCCUUGUUCCUGAGGAGAAACCCUCCCCGACACUGCAUUCACAUGGAUUCACUGAGGCACCACUAAUGGCACCUUCAACCCAGAGUGAAGAUGUGUUAGAGGUGGAGCAGGUCACCCCCCAGGAAUCUCCUCUGCCUCCUCCCAUCCAGAGAGUCAUGGACCCUGACUCUGAAGUGGCAGUGAUGAACCCCGAUGUCGCAGAGCUGGCGGACAGGCUGGAUUUGUCCGUGUCAUCAAUAGAUAUGGCCAACACUUCACUGACCAUGCAUGAGGAGAAGGACAGUGAAAUCUCUGGUGUCGACGAGCUGGAGGACAGUGCGCUGCUCUCAUCGUCAACAGAUGACCAGACAGAGACACAAGAGCUCAGCUCCCAGGCAACCGUGGACCUCACCUCUGCUCUUGCGUCCUCUGACAUUUUUUCUGACUCCGCAGAGUCUGCAGACCUACAAAGCUUUCUCAUGGAGUCUAACGAUAGCCCAAGUACAUCUUUCGGUGUGUUGUCUUCACCCGUAGACACAUUUGACCCUCGCGUUGAGUCCUUUGUCACCACCGAAGACCCUCCCUGUCCAUCUCCUGUCCAUCUCCUCCAAUCCUCAGCUGUUGACGAGUCGAAGGCAGACGACUGUCCUGCUCAGACUGUUGAGGAUGCAGUGGAGGAUUCUGUGGAGUGUCCAGCCGUGGCUUCUGCUCAGCAGUGCAGCCAUGAGCACAGUGAGGAUGAAACGGAAGAGCCACAUCUCGAUUAAACUGGUGUCCGGCCCCGAACACAAAGAUCAAAACAAGUGAAACUGACAAUCACCUUUUAAUGAAACACUAUAGAGGAAGUUCAGGACAGACCCCAGGAGAGCUUUCUGAUUUUACAGUGACAGCUUGACACCAGUGUGUAUCAUCAGAUUAGUUGCACAACAGGAAACGGCAUUAAGAGCAUUAACGCUUUAAAAAAACACUUUGAAGCAGUGUAGGAAUAUACUGUUAUUUUUUAUAUGUGAGAAUGUAAAGUUACAGCUAAUUUAUUAGCCAAAAAGGGCUCGUGUGCUGUUAACAUUUCCCCUUGUCUGGUGCUCAGUUUGGACAAGACUUAGUUUCUGAUACACUAAAGUGAUGGAUACUUGAAUACUUCGAAAGGAAAACACGUCAGGCUGGAAACCAUAACCUACACGACACUAGCCGUUUUUAAAUCUACCAGAUUGUUGGCAGUGUUACUGCUGUUGUGCUUUGACGAAGCAUUAUCAAUUUAAUAAUUCCUCCGAUCAUGCUUUUAAAUACACGAGUCGUAUUUGUAAUUGGGAUUUAUAAUGUUUUUCCCUUGGAUUGAGGAAAAUAUGUAUUUGACUUGCAUUCAACCUUAUAAUAAGCUUUUACAGCAGAUUUAAAGAUGUGGUUUUGAAUAAUUUAACCAGACAAAAGGUUAUUGAUCAGUUUGAAAACAAUUUUACUGCCCGUCAAUCUGGAAUUAUGUCCCCCUGGUUUUAUUUUACAUCAUUUUUCAUUUAGUAAUCUAUGCAACUAUUGAUAAGUAGUUUAAAUUUAGUAGCUUAUAUGCUUGAGAUAUGUAAAAAGGCUGAUAACAGUAAUAUUGCUGUUUGGUAAUUUAAUGUUUUUCUGUGGGGGGGAUACUUAAUGGGUUUUUUUCUGUCAGAGUAGGUGCUAGUGUGUAAAAUAAGGAAAAGUAUUUUGGCAAAUAUUUUAUCAAUGAAUUGUAUGUUUUAUUAGGAAUGAGUGCAGAGUCUUUUGAUGAAUGUGAGAUGGGUUCUUUAAAGGUUAAACAAUCAUAUCACUGA